GCUGGCGGCGUUAAGGCCGCUACGUUAGUGGCGUAAUACAGUAGGUAGGGAGGUUUCUGUUGGUCGGUGGCAGGGUUGAUGAAUAGGGAAGUGGCGCAAGUCCCGGGAUCGCUCCGCUGAAUCCGCCCGCGCGUCGCCGCAGUCGCCGCCGCCCCCCGUCCCGGCCCCCCCGGGUUCCCUCAGCCCAGCCCGGUCCAGCCCGGUUCCCGGGAGGAUGAAGUUCGUGUAUAAAGAGGAGCAUCCGUUCGAGAAGCGCCGCUCUGAGGGCGAGAAGAUCCGAAAGAAAUAUCCGGACCGGGUCCCGGUGAUAGUAGAAAAGGCCCCCAAAGCUCGGAUAGGAGAUCUGGACAAAAAGAAAUACCUGGUGCCUUCUGAUCUCACAGUUGGUCAGUUUUACUUCUUGAUCCGGAAGCGAAUUCAUCUCCGAGCUGAGGAUGCCUUGUUUUUCUUUGUCAACAAUGUCAUUCCACCCACCAGUGCCACCAUGGGUCAGCUAUACCAGGAACACCAUGAAGAAGACUUCUUUCUAUACAUUGCCUACAGUGAUGAAAGUGUCUAUGGUCUGUGAAGCUGCUGCCCCUGAGGUGGGGUGGGGAGGGUCCCAUUCUAAAGAGGUGGCCCCCCUUCCUUGACCUCCUUCUCCAGGCUCAACCACCGCCUUCCUUCUUCAGGACCUGCACUUCCUAAUGUUUGAGGUUCUCUUCAGCCCCUUUUCGCUGGAGGAUUAAUGGGGGAGACAGCCUCUAGAACCUUUCUCCUUUCUUCUUUCUCUACCAUUUUCCCACUUAUGCUUUAGACUUCUUGAUUGUCAAUCUGUUACAUUCAGUGGUUUUGGUUUCUGUUCCCUGACUGCCCAAGAGGCUCAGAACCCCUAACAAUCCCUUCCUUUCACUAUCUUCUCUUUUGGGGGUAGAUGGAAGGGACUGAAAUUGUGGGGGGAAAGUAGGAGGCACACCAAUAAAGUGGAAACCACCAAUCUGA